AGCUAUGCAUGCCAUCUAUAUUUCUUCUUCUUCUUCUUCUUCUUCUUCUUACGUUGGUCAGCAAAAACACACAUGUCGUGUCACGUGUUCUCAAGUCACCUAAAAAUUCAUGUCCAAUGAUCGCCUCAUUCUUUGUUUGUUCGAUUACCAACUCCCCACCUAUCUAUCUCUCUCUCUCUCUCUCUCUCUCUCUCUCAGCCCAAUUCACCAGCACUAAUUCAAUUCAGAUAUAUAUAUAUAUAUAUAACAUUAAUUAAUCCCCUGCAAUAACAACACAUCAGUCAAUCGAUCGAGAGCCAUCAUUCCCUGCAGCAUUCAGCUCGAUUGCUCAGAUCAUGAACUGCUGCGUCAGAGCCUUCUUCCUGAUCAUGAUCGUCUUGUGCUCUUCUUCUUCCUCCUCCUCCUGUGUAUCGGCUCAAGUGCAAAGACAGGACUGCAUGGACAGCCUCCAGCCAUGCCUCAACUACCUCAACGGCAACCGCAAGCCUCCCGACGCCUGCUGCCGCCCCCUCGACUACGUCGUCCGCUCAGCCCCCGAAUGCCUCUGCAGCCUGAUGACCCUCCGCGGCUCCAGCCAGGCUGAGCGAGCUGGCAUCAACGUCACCGACGCGCAGACCCUGCCCGGCCGCUGUGGCCUCAGGAUCAAUCCCUUGGGCUGCGUCACCGGCACCCCCGACACGCCGUCGAGCUCCGCCGCUAGCUCGUCCUCAGGCUCAGGCUCAGCCACAGCUGCCUUCCUUGCUGCUGCCUUGAUACUUGCUACAUUACAGGCACUUUAG